AAAUAGCAAUAGCAUUUGGAAAACACUUGAGUGAGAUCUUUCUUUUAGGUAUUAGUAAAAUACUCUUUUAGUCCUUAGAGUUAUUUUACUAGUACAUUUUGAGAGUUACAUUAUUCUAGUGUUAUUGGGUUUUGGGUUAGAGUGAUAUUCUCCAUUUGUACUCUUUUUCUCAUAUAGUGGAUUUUACUUCUCUUUCGUCCGUGGAGUAGGCUUACGCCGAACCACGUAAAUCAUUUGUGUCUAUUUUAUUUCUCUAUUUUGUCGUUUAUAUUCCUGAAUAAAUAUUCUUCCGCAUUAAUAAUCCUAACAUCAUUGACAACCAAAGCCACCAAAGCAUUCAUCUUGAUGUAGUUUUGAAACGAUAAUGAGAAAAAUACGAACAAUUAUAUAAGCGAAAACCAUUUCUAUAUUUGCUCAUCUUUCCCGAUUAUUUGUUUCUUCUUCAAUUUCCUCUCAAUCAGGACCAACAAUCAUUCAAUUAAAAAGUAAUAGAUUAGUAAAAAUAAUGGUAUGGGCAAUUAACAAAAAAAACAUCAUGCAUGGUGACAAUUAUCAACAUGCAUCAGCCAUUUGUUCAUCCAGAAACUGACGUUCGCAAGCCAGCAACUUGAAUCAUGCAAAUUAUCCUGUAUGAGUUGGACGGACAAAAUGACACAAACAAACGAAAAAGGAGUAGAUAGAAGCACGAGAGACAAUCAGAUACUUGAGACUACACGAAUAAUCACAUGGACUUGCUUUUAGAUCGAAUAAAAUUGAUCAAUGACCAUGAACACAACAGUUGUCAGCUUGCAACUGGGCAACAAAAAAACUUACGAUAUACCAAGUCGUAGGGAUCACUACCCACCAACGUGCACCUUUCCAAAUAUUUAGGUGGGCCUAGCAUUGGCCUGUCCGAUCUGGCAUACAGCGAAUCAAAAAACCGAAUUUUUGACACCCCUAUAUUAUCGCCGUUGGUAAUAAAAUUUCCAAAAAUCACAUACAUAAUAGUAGCGGAAUCAACAGAGAGAUUCGAUAAAAUAUAUUUUUAGAGUUCUUAUAGGAAUUUCAAUGGCCGGAUCAGAAGGCGGCUCAGAUGAACAUGGGAAAUUACUUCAUAUAUUUGAUAAAGCAAAGGAGCAGAUACAGGAUGUAAUACACAGUGAGAAAUUGAAUUUUCUUCACAAGGAAACUGAUGGCACUAGUAAUGACAUUGAUGAACAUACUCCAUUAGAUAAUGUCAAAGCUCCUAAUGUGUUCGAAAGAGCAAAAGAGGAGGUCGAAGCUUUGAUUCAAACCAUCCAAAUCAAGAAAGAUUCUGAAGAUCAUGAGAAGGGGGAUGAACCUGCGAAAUCCGAGGCAGAGAAUGUCGGUGUUAAGUCUUUGAAUUUGCUUGCAAGUGCUAAGGAAGAGAUUGAAUCAAUUAUUCGUCAUGAUAAGUCAUCACCCCAAGAACAUCAUAACGAAGAAACUCAUGAGAAAAGGGAUGAAUCCACGAAAUCCGAAUUAGAGAAGGUCGGUGUUAAGUCUCUAAAUUUGCUCAAAAGAGCUAAGGAAGAGAUCGAAUCAAUCAUCCAUCCCGAUAAGUCAUCAUCUCAAGAUGUUCGUCACAAAGAAACUCAUGGAAAGAAUGAUAGGAUUAAUGAAAAUACUCCAAUUGAUGAAGUUAAAGGCCCGAGUAUUUUCGAACGAGCUAAAGAAGAGAUCGAAGCCCUCGUAGAGUCCAUUCACACUAAGAAGGAAUCGGCUUCGACUGAGAAGAAAGAAGAAGGUGGCGGAUUCGGAGCGUCAAUUGGAAGAGGGUUGGAGAAAGUAUGUUCUCCUGAUAAAGAUGGAUUUGUAGGUUUCAUUGGAAAGGGACUAGAAAAAGUUUGUGCUCCUCGGGGUAACAGCAAAAAAGAUUAAACUUAAACUUUCUUGUAUAGCAAGGUGUUGUGGUUGAGGAUUGAUUACAUGGGGAUAGUAAGAGAUGUUUGAUUUGUUUUUAUUGCCCAUUUUUUGUUGUUGAAUCCCAAAAUAUAUGGUUUGUGAAACUUGUUUAAGAAUUGAAUCACAGUUUGGCUUGGAAAUGGAUUGAGUUAAGUUUCAUUCUUGCAA